AGGCUCCCCACUGGGACCCAAUGAGGGGGCUGGCCAGCUCCUACCUGCCCCCUGCCCACCUCACCUCCUCAGGCACCGGGUGCCGCUCCUCCCCCUGCAUACCCACUUCCCCGACUCCCAGCCCCACCCAGAGUCCUGCCCAGACCAACUGACCGGAAGAAGUUCAAAGAUUAGACCAAAAAGCCUAGAGACUGCUGAGGCUCCAGGUCCAGAGAUCUCCCCACACCCCGAGGGGUAACUGCUAGCAGCCAGAGUGCCCAAACCUUCAUCAUCGGUCCUGCUGGGAUGGGCCGCUCCCAGGUCCUUCAGUCCUCACCCUCCCUCCAGGGGAAAACCCUGCAGAAGCAGGCGCUAGAAGUAGCGGGUGCCUACCAAUAUGUGCUGACCUUCAUCUUCAUGGGCCUGUUCUUCACCCUUCUCAUGGUCUACCUCCUCUUCACGUCUCUCUGGGCCUUCUCUGUCCUCUACUUGGUGUGGCUCUACCUGGACUGGGACACACCUAACCGAGGUGGAAGGCGCUACAUGUGGAUGAGGAACUGGACGAUUUGGAAACACCAAAGAGAUUAUUUUCCAAUCAAGCUAGCGAAAACAGCAGAGCUGCCCCCCAACCGGAACUACGUGCUGAGCUCCCACCCACAUGGGAUCAUGGCCAACGGCAUCUUCUGUAAUUUCUGCACCGACAGCAACAACUUCUGCCAGCUCUUUCCUGGGCUUCGGCCCCACCUGGCCACGCUGGCUGGCCUAUUCUGCCUCCCAGUCUUCCGAGAAUACAUCAUGUUCCAUGGAUUGUGUUCCGUGAGCCGCCAGAGCCUGGAUUUCAUCCUUUCACAGCCCCAGCUUGGGCAGGCCGUGGUCAUCCUGAGGGGUGCCCAGGAGGCCCUGUAUGCAGUCCCAGGACGCAAAGGCUUCGUACGCCUGGCCCUGAGGCACCGGGCCUCCCUGGUCCCCGUGUAUUCCUUUGGGGAGAAUGACAUCUUCAAAUUGAAGACCUUUGCCGAGGACUCCUGGCAGCAUCUGUGCCAGGUCACCUUCAAGAAGCUCAUGGGUUUUUCUCCUUGCAUCUUCUGGGGCCGAGGCCUCUUCUCGGCCAACUCCUGGGGUCUGCUGCCAUUCGCCGUGCCCAUCACCACGGUGGUGGGCCACCCCAUCCCUGUGCCCCGGUGCCUCAGCCCCACGGAGGAACAGGUCGACCACUACCACGCACUCUACAUGAGGGCUCUGGAGCAACUGUUUGAGGACCACAAGGAGAGCUACGGUGUCCCUGCGUCUACCUGCCUCACCUUCCUCUAGACCUGGCCUUGGACUCCCAGCUGAGCCCUGAGCCCAGGGUGCAAACACCUCUACUUCCUGCCACUCCAUCCUCUAAUAAACGCCAGUUCUAGAAGCAA